AUGGCAAAAGAAGAGGAGAUAACAGACUAUCUGACCAAAGAGCUUGUUGUGAACAAGAAUAUCGUCACAUAUCGUAGCCUCAGUCGCGCCUUGGGACUACAUGUCAACGUCGCUAAGAACGAGCUUGCACGAUACCUUGAAACGUACCAUGAUACCCCCGAGCGUGCCUGCGCUUCGUACAUGAUCUCCGGCGAACCCUUUCCCCGUCAACGACGAGGUUAUCGGGAUGAUUCAAUGGACGCGGACGAGGAAGACUCUGAAGAGAGCGACCUGACCACUGAACAAACUCGGAUGACGCUAACCACGGAGGAUGCGCUUGAAGAGGCACGGUCUCACUAUACCAAGAUUACGUCUACCUAUGUCUACAGUCUUUCGCCUGCGCCGAUACACGAAUCUGCACUGAUAUGCGAACCUGCGCGAGAAGUGCGUAAUGUAGAUAAGGGCAAAGGUCAGGAGUACGCUCUGCUGGUCGGUCGUAUAACUGGCGCACAUGUGAAGCACGGACCAUUACCGAAGGGAAACCCCAAAGCCGCAACUGCACCUCCGCCCGCUCCAUCAAAGUCGAAGGCCCCCGCGCUCGCAAAAUCCAUCCCCGCUCCAGCCCCCGAACCCGCUAAACCCAGAGAAGUCGAAGAGAAGUCCAAACCGGCAGGCCUCAAGGCGCCAGGACUGAAGGCCAAAGCGUCAGGCAAGAUCGACUUUGGAAAGAAGUCUGAGGAGUCCGUUGCUAAGAAGCCCUCGCCACCACCGAAGGAGAAAGAGAUCAAGCCAAAGAAGGAGGUCGCGAAGAAAGAGGUGAAGGCGGUCAAGAUGGAGGACGAGGAAGAAGAGGACGAGGACGAGCCUGCAAUGAAGUUCGGUCCACCGAGGGGCAAGAAGAAGACGGAGCCUGCCUCCAAGCCCCCACAGCGCGGCGUGAAACGUAAAUCAACAUUACAACUGUCCGACUCAGAAGAUGACACCCCGUCACCUUCUACGAGCAAACGUCCAACACCGCCGCCUGUCAAGCCUGCACCGUCAACUUCGAAGUCCAAGGCGGCGAUUCGGGGUAAGAAGAGUGUCGUGCUAUCGUCGGAUGAGGAGGAGCAGGUUGCGGCACGGAAACCGCGCAAGCAAACCGCCGCAGAGAAGGCAUUAAGCGCGAUGAUGGACAUCGAUGAUGAUACCGUGGAGAUCGUCAGCCGCCACAGUACACGGCCUCCGCCGUCCGACACGGAUGAUGUGGACAUGGGUUCUCCCGAAGCAGAGGAAACGUCUGAGGACGAGCCUGUGGUGACCAAGAAACCCGCGCGAAAGCCGAGGAAGGUCGUUCCUGUAGGCAAGAACGGUUUGAAGAAGCGACGUAUCAUCAAGAGUCGGACGGCGAUGGACGACAAAGGAUUCGUCGUCACGGAGGACUACUCGGAGUACGAAUCCGUCGAUGAAGAAGAGCCCGCACCGCCUCCGGCAGAGAAGAAAGGUCUCAAACCCUCUACUGGCAAGAAGGCUGAGAAGGCUGCGUCGAUCAAGGAGGACAAGCCCGCGCCGAAGAAGAAAGCUAGCGCGCCUGCACCGAAGAGGGUGGGGCAAUCUAAUAUACAGAACUUCUUUGGCAAGAAGUAG